AUGACGAAAAAAGGACACGAAUACAUUCAAUUAUCAACAUUUCCACAACACGAACAAGAACACGAACAAGAACAAGAACCCGAAUCAAGUUCAACAACAUCCCCUGGACCACCACCAAAGCUAUAUCAAGGGAAACUUACAGAUUCACAAUUAACAUUUGUACUUUUACGAUUAGGUGUAAUUAGUGAUGAAGUUUAUCAUAAUCAUAAUCAUAAUUUUUCAUUAUUGGAAUCUGAUAUUCAUAUUUCUAAACAAACAGAAUAUAUUAUUGAUAAAAUUGAACAAUUAUCUAUAACAGAAGCAACUGAAAUUAUUCGUGAAGCAUUAGUAGAUCAUAAAGGAGAUGUUAAUUUUUUAAUUGAAGAUUAUCAAUUAUUAGAAAGAUUAAUUAGUCAAAUCCCCAACAAUAUUGAAUGUCAAGAUCAAGAAAUUACUACUACUACUACCACAAUUAAAAAUGACAAUAAUCUUGAUGAAUUUUCUGAUAUAAAAUAUCCAAUUCAAUCAUCAUCACCCUUUAAGAACAAGACUUAUUUAACUAUAAUUGAUUGGUCAUUACAAAUUCGAUUAGAAGCAGCAUUAAUUCAUUAUCAUUCACCAUAUCCAGAAAUACGAGCCAUUACUGAUCCAUUUGAUGAUCCAACUAUUCCUGUUGAAACAUUUAGAGCUUAUUUUAUUGCAUUAUUUUGGACACUUAUUGGAUCAUUAAUUAAUAGUUUUUUUUAUCAAAGAAUGCCUGGUAUAUCAUUAAGUACUCAUACUAUACAAAUUUUAUUAUUACUUAGUGGGAAAAUUUGGGAAAAAUUAAUUCCUAAAAAUAAAUUCAUUAAGAUUAAUAAUAAUUGGAAAAUUAAUUUAAAUCCUGGUCCAUGGAAUUUUAAAGAAAUGAUGUUAAGUACAAUAAUUUAUCUGUGUUCAGCUUCAACUCCUUAUCUGAUAAAUAAUAUUUUUGUAAUGAAAUUAAAUCGAUUUUAUGGAUUAAAUUGGGUUAAUUGGAUUUUCCAAAUUUUAUUAACAAUAUCAACUCAAUUACUUGGAUUUAGUUUUGCUAUGAUUAUGAAAAAAGUUUGUGUUUAUCCAAAUAAAGCAAUUUGGCCAACAAUUUUACCAACAAUAGCUUUAAAUAAAGCUUUAAUGAAUCAAAAUAAUCCUACUACUACUACUAGUAGUAGUACUACUAGUAGUAUUGUUCAUGGUUGGAAAAUAUCUCCUUAUUCAUUUUUUUUAGUGACUUUUACUAUUAGUUUCAUAUAUAAUUGGAUUCCAAAUUAUUUUUUCAAAGCAUUAUCAUUAUUUAAUUGGCCAACUUGGUUUAAUCCUAAACUGAUUCAUUUAGUUAAUAUUACUGGAUCAAAUAUUGGAUUAGGAUUUAAUCCAAUCCCAUCAUUUGAUUGGAAUAUUAUUGGUAAUGGUUCAAGUAUGAUAAUUCCAUUUUAUACAUUUUUUAAUCGUUAUUUAGGAACAUUUUUAGGAUUUAUUAUUAUUUUAAUGGUUUAUUAUACUAAUAAUAAUUGGACAGCUUAUUUACCAAUUAAUUCAAAUCGAUUAUAUAAUAAUAAAGCUCAAUUAUAUAAUGUUCAUGAUAUACUUAAUGAUACCAAUAAAUUAUUUGAUAAUGAAAAAUAUCAAAAAAUUGGUCCACCAUAUUUUUCUGCAGCAAAUUUAGUGAUUUAUGGUGCUUAUUUUUGUCUUUAUCCUUUUGCUAUAUUAUAUCAUGGAUUAACUGAAUGGAAUUCUAUGAAAACAAGUUUUAUUAAUGUUUGGAGUUCAAUAGUUGAUGCAUUUAAACUGGAACAAGAGAUUGAUUUCGGGAUUGAAUCAAAUAAUGACGACGACAACAACAACAACAACAACAACUUUGGAUUAUAUCGCCAAUAUGGGAGAUAUGCUAAUGAUCCUCAUUGUAAAAUGAUGGCUCAUUAUCCUGAUGUACCUGAUUGGUGGUUUAUAACAAUAUUAUUAAUUAGUACUCUGUUUGCUAUAGCUGCGGUAUGGUUUUACCCUGUUGAAACACCAAUUUGGGGGAUUUUUUUCACUAUUAUCAUUAAUUUUAUUUUUUUAAUCCCUUUAACAUCAAUUGCUUCAGUCACAGGAUUUUCAUUUGGAUUAAAUGUUCUUGUUGAAUUAAUUGUUGGAUAUGCUAUACCUAAUUCUGGUAUUGCUUUAAUUACUUUAAAAGCUUAUGGAUAUAAUAUUGAUAGUCAAGCCAGUAAUUAUAUUACUGAUCAAAAAUUAGCUCAUUAUACUAAAAUCCCACCUCGAGCAAUUUUUAAAGGUCAAUUAUUAUCAACUUUAUUAAAUAUUAUAAUAUCAUUAAUUAUAACUAAUUGGCAAUUAAAUAAUAUUGAAAAUAUUUGUGAUCCUCAUCAAAAAAAUCAAUUUAAAUGUCCUGGAGCAAAUACUUAUUUUUAUUCAAGUAUUCAAUAUGGAGAAAUUGGUCCAACAAAAGUUUUCGGGAAAUUAUAUCCAAUUUUAAAAUGGUGUUUCCUUUUAGGAAUAUUAUUAGUUUUCCCUUGUGUUUGGUUAAAACGUAAAUUUCCUAAUAAAAUUAUUCAAAAAUAUUUUCAACCAACAAUUAUAAUUGGUGGUAUGUUAGAUUUUGCUCCUUAUAAUUUACUGUAUUUCACUGGAGGAUUAUAUAUUUCUUUUAUUUUCAUGUUUUAUAUUAAAAAAAAUUAUUUACUUUGGUGGGAAAAAUAUAAUUAUAUUUUAACUAGUGGAUUAUCUGCUGGAGUUGCUUUUAGUACUUUAAUAAUUUUUUUCACAGUUCAAUAUCAUCCUUAUCCAUUAAAAUGGUGGGGGAAUUCAAUUGGUCAACAAGGUAUUGAAGGUGGAGAAAUUUCACCAAUUUGGAAAAAUAUUGAUACUGCUCCUGAUGGUUAUAUUGGGUUAAGAAAAGGUCAUUUCCCAUAG